GCAGUGGGCGUGGCAAAGGGUUAGUCCAAGACAACCAGGAGUGGUCGGAACCCUCUUCCCCAUCCUUCCCUUCCCCUUCCCCUACCGGGAAAGGCUGAGACCCGGCACCCAGGCUACCCCGCGGCCGCCGUGGCCUCAGCUCCAGUCUGGCCCCGCGUCCGGAGAACCCAGGCCGCGUCCAGAGCGAUUGUUCCUGAUUGUGACAUCAUACCCACCCCUUGGCCAUGAAACUUGUCACUAGGAAGAAAGGCUCAGUUGGAGAAUAGCCAACAAGAUGGGAUCGUUGGAGCAUUUCCUGAGUGGCACAGAGCGGAGGCAUCAGGGGGUUGGAACCUUGUAAACAGGGAACCUGCCCCCACCACCUGGAAGGACCUGGGUUUCAGUGAUGAGACAUGGGGUAUGACGUAACACGCUUCCAGGGGGACGUUGACGAGGACCUUAUCUGCCCCAUUUGCAGUGGAGUCUUGGAGGAGCCAGUACAGGCACCUCACUGUGAGCAUGCUUUCUGCAACGCCUGCAUCACCCAAUGGUUCUCUCAGCAGCAGACGUGUCCGGUAGACCGCAGCGUUGUCACGGUCGCCCACCUGCGCCCCGUGCCCCGGAUCAUGCGGAACAUGCUGUCAAAGCUGCAGAUCGCCUGUGACAACGCUGUGUUUGGCUGCAGUGCUGUUGUCCGGCUUGACAACCUCAUGUCCCACCUCAGUGACUGUGAGCACAACCCGAAGCGGCCCGUGACCUGUGAACAGGGCUGUGGCCUGGAGAUGCCCAAAGAUGAGCUGCCAAAUCACAAUUGCAUUAAGCACCUGCGCUCCGUGGUGCAGCAGCAGCAGACGCGAAUCGCAGAACUGGAGAAGACAUCGGCUGAACACAAGCACCAGCUGGCAGAACAGAAGCGAGACAUCCAGCUGCUGAAGGCUUACAUGCGUGCGAUCCGCAGUGUCAACCCCAACCUUCAGAACCUGGAGGAGACAAUCGAGUACAAUGAGAUUCUCGAAUGGGUGAACUCCCUCCAGCCUGCUAGAGUGACCCGCUGGGGAGGGAUGAUCUCCACGCCUGAUGCCGUGCUCCAGGCUGUCAUCAAGCGCUCCCUGGUGGAAAGCGGCUGCCCGGCCUCUAUUGUCAACGAGCUGAUUGAAAAUGCCCAUGAACGGAGCUGGCCCCAGGGUCUGGCCACACUAGAGACAAGGCAGAUGAACCGGCGCUACUAUGAGAACUACGUGGCCAAGCGCAUCCCUGGCAAGCAGGCCGUGGUGGUGAUGGCCUGUGAGAACCAGCACAUGGGAGACGACAUGGUGCAGGAGCCGGGGCUUGUCAUGAUAUUUGCGCACGGUGUGGAGGAGAUCUGAGAGAGUGUGACCGGCUGAUGGGAGAGGUAGAAUGGGAAGCCCACUGCUCCAGUCACUGAGCCCUGAGUCCUCCCCUUUCCUAUGCCACGGCUUGUAAUUGAGCCACACACUCCCUGCUUUUCUGGCACGAAGGACCUUGGGGCACUUCGGUCAGCCUUUCAGUGGGUGAACCCAAAUUCCUGCCUGUUGCCAUAUUCAUUCCCCCAAAUGUCUGUAAAGUUUCAGUCUGGGUGGAGAAAUCCCCACUUCUGUAUUCUCCUACCUAAGAUCCCUGACUCCCAAACAUUUUCAGAAAGCACAAAGACAUUUGUUUUCCCUAGAGGAUCAGGGCGGAGUGAAGAAUCUAACUGUCCCUCUCCUCCGAAUCCAGGGCGUCCGAGCAGGCGGGCUUGCUGCCUCCACGCAGUGGUGAGAGCAGCUCUGCAGGGCAGACAGCAGCAGGAGUGCCGAGGCUAACCACAGCCUCUUAGUAAGCAGCGAGGUCAGGACCCGCUUACCACUGACGGCUCUUGGGGAAGACUGGAGCUCUGUGCCGAGUGCAUCCCUGUGCAGCCCCCUGGGAGCCGCGGCCUUGCUGGCCGUGCAGGCUAGGACGCUGAGAUGCCCGCUGAACUCUCCUUUCCCACCAUUUUCAUAAUUAGGGAAGGGCAGGGCUGGGGUGGAGGUUAGGCGCUGGGGCGGCUCUGCUGACCAGGACAGGCACUGCCUCUAGUGUCGCGUCCAUGGCGCCUCCAUAGCCCUCCCAGCCCUGCGACUGCAGCGAGUCUGAGUUCCUUCAACACUGUUCAUAUUCGCAGUCACAGAUCCCUUCGUUACCCACUUUUGUUUUCCUAGAAUGGCCUGAUUAUGGCUCUCCUGCUCUCCAGCCCGGCCACAUUGUUGGCAAUUUAAUUUAUUUACUUUUUUUUUUUUUUUUUUAAGAAAGGAAAAAAAGAAAAAAAAAAUCAAAACUUAAAACCUUUUUUUUUGCUGCUCCUAUUGUGGGGAUUCCGGGUAGGGUGGGUUUGGGUAGGACCUGUUUUAUAUGUUUCUUUUCCAGCACAGUCUUUGGUCUGAUACCUGCUGUGAACUACCCCCUCCUCACCCCACCCCACCCCUCCCCGUCACCCUAUCUGAGACAAUACCUGUGUCCCAUGAAGAAUUUGCUCUUACCCUCCUGAUCUUGUGAAAACCUAGAAUCGGCAUAUACAUUUUGAAGGUGA